CCAGCUCCAGCUCGGCUCCUACACUCCGACCGACCAAAAAUAAAACGGCGACAAAAACAAUAACGGCAUUCGUCAAGCGGCUCGGUUGGUGCCUGUGCGGUUUGUAGCAGGGACGUGCCGCCGCAGACAUGAACGGUAUCACCAAAGGCCGGUUCGAGGUGUUCUCAAACAGCGAUGAAGCCCCCAUUAACAAGAAGCUCCCCAAAGAGCUUCUUCUUAGAAUAUUCUCCUAUCUAGAUGUGGUUACACUCUGUAGGUGUGCCCAAGUAUCCAAGGCUUGGAAUGUCCUGGCCCUAGAUGGCAGCAACUGGCAGAAGAUCGACCUGUUCAACUUCCAGACAGACAUAGAGGGGCGUGUAGUGGAGAACAUUUCGAAGCGUUGUGGAGGCUUCCUGAGGCAGCUGAGCCUCAGGGGCUGCCUGAGUGUCGGAGAUGCCUCCAUGAAGACAUUUGCUCAGAACUGCAGAAACAUCGAAGUGUUGAACCUGAAUGGCUGCACCAAGAUCACAGACAGCACCUGCCUCAGUCUCAGCAAGUUUUGCUCCAAACUCAAACACCUAGAUCUCACCUCUUGUGUGUCUAUCAGCAACCACUCCCUCAAGGCUCUCAGUGAUGGCUGCAGAAUGCUGGAGAUGUUGAACCUGUCAUGGUGUGACCAGAUCACACGUGAUGGCAUCGAGGCUCUGGCUAGAGGCUGCAACGGUUUACGCGCACUGUUCCUCAGAGGCUGCACACAGCUGGAAGAUGGAGCAUUGAAACACCUUCAGAAACACUGCCCAGAACUCACCACCAUCAAUAUGCAGUCUUGCACACAAAUAACAGAUGAAGGCUUGGUCAGUCUCUGCCGAGGAUGCCACAAGCUGCAGAUCCUCUGUGUGUCUGGCUGCAGUAACAUCACGGAUGCCUCCCUCACUGCAUUGGGACUCAACUGUCCCCAGCUCAAGAUUCUUGAAGCUGCACGAUGCUCCCAUGUUACAGAUGCUGGGUUCACUGUGCUGGCCAGGAAUUGUCAUGAGCUUGAAAAAAUGGACUUAGAAGAAUGUAUUUUGGUGACAGAUAACACCCUGGUUCAGCUGUCUAUCCACUGUCCCCGCCUGCAAGCACUGGUAAACAUUUCAAACUACAGUUCUGAUUUUGUGGCAGGUUCGGCCUCAGCCUGUAUGCAUGCCUAUGCCUUUAAUACAUCUGUGUGUCUUCAUACCUGUCUGCUGUGUCCCGGUCAGUCCCUAUCCCACUGCGAGCUGAUCACAGAUGAUGGCAUCAGAGCUCUGAGCAGCAGUACCUGUGGCCAAGAGCGCCUCACUGUGGUGGAGCUGGACAACUGCCCCCUCAUCACUGACGUUACCCUGGAGCACCUGAAGAGCUGCCAUCGUCUGGAGCGCAUUGAGCUUUACGACUGUCAGCAAGUCACCAGGGCUGGCAUCAAACGCAUCCGGGCCCACCUGCCAGAGAUCAAGGUCCACGCCUACUUUGCCCCAGUGACACCCCCCCCCUCUGUACAUGGAGGUGGCCAGCGUCUGUGCCGCUGCUGCAUCAUCCUCUGACAGUGGAGGGCGAGGGGGGGCCACCUCUGUCUACAGGUCCUGCUGCUCUGAUAUGGGCUGAAAUGGGGUUGGGGGGGGGCUGGGGUAGGUGCAGGGGAGAGGAGGGGCUGGACCCACUCACUGCUCCUGAUCACUGAUCAUUACAUAGACUGAUCACCACUGAUCCCUGAUCAGUUGAACCCGCCCCUCCUCUCUCCUCUUGCUCACCAAUCAGCUUUGCAGCAGCCCCAGGAUUUUGCGUGAAGGGGGUCAGGGGAAGGAACAUGGAUGGAUGGAUGGAUGGACUCUCUCUUUUUCUCUCUGUGUCUCGUUCUCUCGCUCUCUUUCACUGUAAGGACAAAAACAGGUUCUCCACUCCAUCCCUCUUCUCACACCCCUGACUCCCCACCUGUGGGCUUAGAGGAAGGCAUCUGGACAGCUGGAGAUGGGGGGUCUGAACAGUGGAUCUUCAAUGCAUCAUGUUCAAACUACAAAAAAAAAAAGACAAUAUUGUCAUCUUGGACAACAGUUCGCUCUCUGUGGAGUAUCAUCUCAACCAAUCACAUGACACCUCUAUGUGACCAUUCUGUGAUGCAUUCUGCUUUGACCAAUAAACACACUGCAUGGAGGGAGAGCAGAGCUGGGUUGUAGAAAAUGCAAAUCAUCUGGAUGUAAAUGGUGAUUCUUGGCACAGCCAGCUCAACUCUCUAGUGUGGAAGAGUUGGAAAGAAACAGGAAGUACAGAUUGGGACAUGUGACAUAUUUGUGCAUUUGAGAAACUUCUGUUGAGAUUUUGAUUCUGUUUGUACAGAGAAUGUUUUGCAAUGGAAAAAAAAUUACAGUUAUGGCAACUCACUCAAAAUUGGGGUAGGACAACAAAAUAUUGUUUCAUUUUCUUUUAUUCAGUGCUUAUUGUAAUUGUCCAUGCCUGUCUAUCCAGAGAGGGAGAUAUUCUGUCAUUCUCUUUGAAGGGGAAAAGAAGAAACUGGACCUAUGAUUCAGACCCUCAGCGACUAAAAGCAUUAUAUUGACUCUGUAUGACACUGGGAUGAGAGGCCUCUCCUGUGUACUGCUUGGUAAAUUUGGCUCAUAGGCCCUGAUCCAAUCCCGUCAGUAGCCCUGUGCACUAGCUCCUGCUUGACCACUUAAGCGUUUGUUUACAUCCUGGAUUAGGUUAGCACCAGAGACAAACUUGUUUACAUCAGUAGGUUUCCAGUCUCCCUACUAGUCAGAGUAAGUUUAGUAACACUGAUACAACUGUGGUAUACCUACUUUUUUUUAAGUGGACUGUGAAGUCCAUUAUUCAGAUGUAUUGCUGUGUGUAUUUGGAUUUCAAUCAGGGCUAAAAUUGGUGCACCUUUGCUUCAAAAUGAAAUGAAAAUUUGUUUAAAGUUGAGAUGAUAGGUAUUAGAAUGUGAGCAAAGGCACCUCAACCUUUUGACAAUCACAUGAAUGUAUUUAUUUGAACGUUAAUUUCAUAUAGUUCUGUGUAAUUGGCAGUUUACUGAUGAUGUAGGAUAUAAUGAGUUGUCUAUAUUUAAUAUGCUUAAUGCCCCAAAUAGCACCUAAGGAUUUUUUAGAAAAAGCAUUUGACACAGGUCUGGUGAGAUCUAUGUAUUUAAUUGAUCAACAACAAAUUCCCACUCAUCCAGUCUUACAAAACAUACAGUAUGUGACAACAGGUGUUUGAUAUGAAGUGAUUGGAAGGCCCCAGAACCAACAGUUUAUUUUACUCUAUACAGACACUCCCUCAGAUCAGCAUUAUCUGUCUCGCCAAGCAGAGUACACAUGUAUGGGGCAUGAAUUACCACCUCGAAGGACUGAAACUACAACAAAACAGAAGCAGCUCGCAAUAUUGUGCUAAAAAAGAGACUGGCAAGUGCUGUGUUUUGCCAAGUGCUCACAGACUAGGGAGGUUGGCAGGACUAUUGAUAGGACUGACACAAAGGAGAGCAGACAGAAAGAUAAAGAUGGACUCAGAUACAGAGCUGACUUGACUGGCUGUGAUACUAAUGCCCUCUCUUUGACAGCUGUUUUAACAGUUUUAUGUUUAAGAAAAUAAAUAAGUAAAUGAAAAAAUAAACAAAUGAAUAAAUAAA